AACUGUAGGGAGAGUCCAGCCGCAGCCUCGGUCCCGCCGCGCCCGCCCAGCUCCACUCCGCGUCCGACCCGGCCCGCGGCCGCUUGCUCCAGCGCCAUGGCCACCUCUCCGCAGAAGUCGCCUUCGGUGCCCAAGUCCCCCACUCCCAAGUCGCCCCCGUCGCGCAAGAAAGAUGACUCCUUCUUGGGGAAACUCGGAGGGACGCUGGCGCGAAGGAAGAAAGCCAAGGAGGUCUCAGAGCUUCAGGAGGAGGGCAUGAAUGCCAUCAACCUGCCCCUCAGUCCCAUCCCCUUCGAGCUGGAUCCUGAAGACACAAUGCUAGAGGAGAAUGAAGUUCGCACCAUGGUGGAUCCAAACUCACGCAGUGACCCCAAACUUCAAGAACUCAUGAAGGUACUAAUUGACUGGAUUAAUGAUGUUUUGGUAGGAGAGAGAAUCAUUGUGAAAGACCUGGCUGAAGAUUUAUAUGAUGGGCAAGUGCUGCAGAAACUUUUUGAGAAACUGGAAAGUGAAAAGCUGAAUGUUGCUGAGGUCACCCAGUCAGAGAUUGCUCAGAAGCAAAAGCUCCAGACUGUCCUAGAGAAGAUCAAUGAAACCCUGAAACUUCCUCCCAGGAGCAUCAAGUGGAAUGUGGACUCUGUUCAUGCCAAGAGCCUGGUAGCCAUCUUGCACCUGCUGGUUGCUUUGUCCCAAUAUUUUCGGGCACCAAUUCGACUCCCAGACCAUGUUUCCAUUCAGGUGGUUGUGGUCCAGAAACGAGAAGGAAUCCUCCAGUCUCGGCAAAUCCAAGAGGAAAUAACUGGUAACACAGAGGCUCUUUCUGGAAGGCAUGAACGUGAUGCCUUUGAUACCUUGUUUGAUCACGCACCAGACAAGCUCAACGUUGUGAAAAAGACCCUCAUCACGUUUGUGAACAAGCACCUGAACAAACUGAACCUCGAGGUCACAGAACUGGAAACCCAGUUUGCAGAUGGCGUGUACUUGGUACUUCUCAUGGGGCUCCUUGAGGGCUAUUUUGUGCCCCUGCACAGCUUCUUCCUGACCCCCGAUAGCUUUGAACAGAAGGUUCUGAACGUCUCCUUUGCCUUUGAACUCAUGCAAGAUGGAGGGUUGGAAAAGCCGAAGCCACGGCCAGAAGAUAUUGUCAACUGUGAUCUGAAGUCCACUCUGCGGGUAUUGUACAACCUCUUCACCAAGUACCGGAAUGUGGAGUGAGGCGCAGUGGUAGCCUAUUUUCCAGUCUGCCUUUCCCUGCUUAUUCCUGUCUCCUGCUCAGUGCUCGCCCACGGUCAAGCUUCAAGACAGAGACUGUGGGAACCAAAAUCAGGAAGGAAAUGAUCAAUAACUCAGUGGUACUAACAGACACUUCCCAGAUCCUGGAUCUGAUUCCAAAACAGCCUGGGACGUUUGGCACCAUCCCAAGGCCAGGUCUAACAUUUUGCUCAGCAUGAUUUUGGGCCCACACACCUACUCACCCACCAAAGAUGAAAAUCAAUAUAAUACUUAUCACUGAAUGCGUGUUGAAACAAAACAUGUACCAAGUCAUUUGUUCUCCUGACUCCUAUUGAAACCAGUGUUGCAAUUCCCUUUAACAAACAAGGAAACUGAGGCACAGAAAGGCUAAGUGACUUGCCAGAAGCCGGUAUUUAUUUUUCCUAAGUAACAUAUUUGUUAAUCACUAACCAAUAAGAUAGCUUUCUUUGCCCAUUCUCUAGUUGUGUGAGUCAAUGCCCACACCUGCCUCUUCAAAGAGAGAAGCCCCUUGAGCUCACCACCAGACAGGCUAGGUCAGGGCUUAGUGAUUCACACUGAAAUUGGCAAAUCAAACUAAACCCAAUUAAUAGUGUGUGUGUGGCAGGAGUCAUGUCCCUCAACUCCUUUGUAGAAAUGAAAAUUACUCUUAAUUCCUUCAGAUUUGUAAUAACCCCAUUCUCUGGUUUCAGGGUGACAUUUGGGAAGGAUUCUGUUUAAAAUUAAUGGAGUGGCACAUUUUGCAGCCUUUUUGCUUGAUUGCAUGUAAUGGAAAUGCCCUAUAUUUUCCUGCAAAAUAAGUACUCAAUUCAUUAUCGUUAGGCAAAUGUACAAUCUACUCAGGCACAGCGGAGAGCUGGGCACAGGCCCAUGUAAGCAUGGCUAGGGAAGUAGGGCUCUUCAACAGGGACCCUUGAACUGUAAAGAAAGCAACUCCUUUUGCCUUCUAAUUGAUCAUUUAGACCAUUUCUGGCUCAGUCUGCCCACAUGCAAUUACCAGCUAAUUCAGGCAAGGAAAAAAAAAAUCUAAGUCAUUUAGACCCAAGCCAAGCAGUUUCCUUGUGUGGGUUACUCAUGGACUUGCGGUUGCUUUUAUCCCUCGACAUGAACCCAACUCUGAAAUGCAAGUCAAGGCCCUUGUUGUCCUACAGGGACAGGAAAGGGGCUGGUAUAAAGGUAUCUGGGGACAAGUGUGGAGUUGAAAUAGUUGCAUACUUAACAUAUAUAGGAAAACCCUGAGACAGAAGGCCAGGGUUGUGGGACUUAACACUUAUCUACACAAUUGACCCAUGCCUUGGGAUGAAUCAUUUGUACUGAUAUUAGAGCUUCAUUAUAGAUUUUUUUCCUUAAAUAUUCCAGGUGGAUACCAGUCUGUAUGCCCACCUCCAAAAGUCAGCCUACUUUGCCACUAUUUAGCCCAUUGCACAAAGCUUCUAUUUACUUUAAGGAAUUAAUUUUGAGCUGUAUCGUCUUAUCCAAAGAUGGGGCACCCUUAUUAUUCAAAACAGUUCUAUCCAGAUUCUCAACAUUCCUUACAGCCUGUAUACAGCCUAUCUGCAGUAAAUCAGAACUCAUAACCUUUAGACAAACUACUUCUUUUGCUCUGUGCUUUAGAGUUGUUUACUGUUAGCCUGAUGAACAUGUAAUCUGUAAAGACAGUGUUUAAUCUUGUACCAGUUGAUGGAAAAGAAUAUAAUUCUGUUUUACAUAAUUGAUGAAAUAUUACAUUUUUUCAUUAUCAAUAUUAGUAUAAUGUUUCUGUUUGUUCACUGAAAACAGGCCUCAUUUAUUUAGAAAGUCGGUUAUUGAGAUUAAAGAUUGAAAUCUUUGACUCA